AUGGCUGCACCCGACGGCACAAGUAUUUUGAAUAUGACGGGCACUUGGUCCCUAAACUCUUCACUAUCGGAUGAUCUAAGUCCAACAUUCAUGGCGCAAAACAUCCCAUGGAUCAUUCGACAAGUGAUUUCAUAUGCGUCUCUGGAACUCAAAAUGGUCCAGAAAGAACCAGAACCACCAGAGCGUCUUACGACCAUGAUUGACGUCAAACAGACAGUCAGACCUGGUGGUUUUGACACUGAAAACAGCUACAUUCUUGACGGCGAAGAAAGGACAGCCAAGGUCCCGAUUUUUGGUGCCAUCUCCAUGAGAGCUGUGUACGUCCCAAUGUCCGAAGUGAGCAAAGAGGAUAUUAUGGGAAACAUUGUUGAGGAGCCAAGCACCACAGACAAGCGGGUUGCAAUCAAGGAAAUGACCGAGGGUGUCAACACGGGUUGGAAGACAACAGCGCUGUGGGCGUUUCAGGAGAUAGACGGAGAAAGACGCUUCUGUAAAUACUGUACUACCACUAAUGGUAAAGGGGAAGAAAAGGUCCAAGCACGACUAGUGUACGACUAUAAAGCUUCUUCAGAAUAG